CUGGUGCUAUACGGUGUAUGAUGCAUGGGUCCACGGAGAUGCUUGGUGAAGGUCGACCUGGGUUGUCUACUUUGCCUGCUUGUCAAUUGAGCUAUGUGGUUUAAUACAUCGUUAAUGCAUGCACAUCUCGUAGAAUUUCGCAGCGGGAUAUGCACCAAUGUCGGUGCGGCAUAAUAUAUUCCCUGCACUGGCAACAACGAAUUCGAAUUGGACAUGAAUGACAGUAUUUGUAGAUGUGGAAGUUCACCUAGAUGCCGUACACUCAGAACUCUUGAAAAUAUACCACAUAUCAACCGACAGUCAUAUACAAGUUCCAGGUGGAAUCUAAUCAUACAACCCCCAGGCCUAGGCAGCCUCGUCGCUCUCACAAUUAUUACCUUGCAUUCAAUUCCAUUGCUACAAGAAACGUCAAUCUGGUCCUUCACCCAAUGGGUACCAUUUCAAGGCGAUCAAUGGCUUAAUACAGCCUUAGCACGUAUAUGCUUAGCACUACAGAGGACAAGGAGUAGCAAAAAGCAAAAAGAUGGAGCUGCGGGGAAUCGAACCCCGGACCUCUCCCAUGCUAAGGGAAUAUUAUACCACUAAACCACAGCCCCAAUUGUUGAAACUGGGUUCUUUUUUUUCCUUCAUAAAAUAAAUCUCCAAGGCCAGGGGCGAAGAAUAACGAAAUAACGUCUCCA